GUUGCUUCUUCCCGGAAAGGAAGGAAUCUGUGGACGUUUCCUUUCGCCUCCAUGGAUCGAGGCAAACCAUUGGCACCAUGGAAGAGUAGUGGUUGUUUCAGGGAUGCGCUCGCCCUGACACAGAAGUAGCAUAUGUCAGAUGAGAGAGGGGGUCAGACGCUGCACGUUGGCUGGUUCCAGACAGGAGGCUAGCCCCAGAUUACUCUUCAGAAUGAGCUUUGUUGGGAGAGCCUCGUGACCAUGGCGGGCCGUGAUCCGGCCUUAAGGAGGUGCUGGAGUCAGACGUGUCAAGUUCGAUAACACUUUUGAAAAACCUCCAGGAGCAGACGUUACUUGUGGUCGGAUUUAAUUUGGCUAAUUUCAGGUGAUGGCGGUCACCGCGCAAGUCCAAGCACUGACAACAAAAGUUCGAGCUGGAACGUACUCUACAGAGAAGGGUCUGAGCUUCUUGGAAGUGAAAGACCAGCUGCUGCUCAUGUACCUCAUGGAUCUGAGCAACCUCAUCCUGGACAAGGCCUCUGGAGGCUCGCUGCGGGGACACCCUGCAGUGCUGAGGCUGGUGGAGAUCCGCACGGUUUUAGAAAAACUUCGUCCACUGGACCAAAAACUGAAGUAUCAAAUUGACAAACUGGUCAAGACUGCAGUGACGGGCAGCCUCAGUGAGAAUGACCCACUCCGUUUUAAGCCUCACCCCAGCAAUAUGAUGAGCAAGUUGGGCUCUGAGGAUGAGGAGGAAGAUGAAACAGAGGAGGACCAGUCUGAGGCCUCAGGGAAGAAGUCUGUAAAAGGCUCUUCUAAGAAAUACGUCCCACCACGCUUGGUUCCAGUACAUUAUGAUGAGACAGAAGCUGAGCGGGAACAAAAGCGCCUGGAAAAAGCCAAGAGACGGGCACUGAGCAGCUCUGUCAUCCGGGAGCUGAAGGAGCAGUACUCAGAUGCCCCAGAGGAAAUCCGUGACGCGAGACACCCUCAUGCCACUCGCCAGAGUCAGGAAGAUCAGCAUAGGAUCAACUAUGAAGAGAGCAUGAUGGUGCGCCUGAGUGUGAGCAAGCGAGAGAAAGGGCGGCGAAGGCGGGCGAGCACCAUGAACUCCCAGCUCCAUUCCCUCACACACUUCAGCGACAUCAGUGCCCUGACCGGGGGUACCGCCCACGUCGAUGAGGACCAGAAUCCUAUUAAAAAGCGGAAGAAGAUGCCCAAGAAAGGUCGGAAGAAGAAAGGUUUUCGGAGGCGCUGGUGACAUGCUUACACAUGCACUUUUGGUCAUCCUGGGGAUGCUUCUAUCUUCACUGUGUAGGCGUUUGCCUUGGAAAUGUGGAAAGAGCUCUACUAAAUAAAAUUGAUUAUGAAUUGUUUAUGAAUGAAAGAGA